AUGGCCUGCUGCUCCACUAGCUUCUGUGGAUUUCCCACCUGCUCCACCAGUGGGAACUGUGGCUCCAGCUGCUGCCAGCCCAGCUGUUGCCAGCCCAGCUGCUACCAGCCCAGCUGUUGCCAGCCCAGCUGCUACCAGCCCAGCUGUGGUGGGACCAGCUGCGGCACUGGUGGUGGCCAGGAGGGUGGCUACGGAGCUGUGAGCUGCCGAGUCAGGUGGUGCCGCCCUGACUGCCGCGUGGAGGACACCUGCCUGCCCCCCUGCUGUGUGGUGAGCUGCACGCCCCCAACCUGCUGCCAGCUGCACCACGCCCAGGCCUCCUGCUGCCGCCCAUCCUACUGCGGACAGUCCUGCUGCCGCCCAGCCUGCUGCUGCUACUGCUGCCAGCCCAGCUGUUGUGAGCCCACCUGCUGA